AUGUUGUUGUCUCGUCGUGCCUGUUACAAGUGUGGCAACAUCGGCCAUUACGCUGAGGUGUGCUCAUCUGCCGAACGUCUCUGCUAUAACUGCAAGCAACCUGGCCACGAGUCCAAUGCCUGCCCACAACCUCGUACUACUGAGACCAAGCAGUGCUACCACUGUCAAGGAUUAGGCCAUGUCCAGGCUGACUGCCCUACUCUUCGCUUGAAUGGCGGCGCCAACGGCGGCCGCUGCUAUAGCUGCGGUCAGUCCGGUCACUUGGCUCGCAAUUGCCCCACUCCCAACGCCCAGCCUGGAGCUGGUCGGGGUAGCGGUGCUCCUCGAGGAAACUUUGGCGGAUCAUUCCGCGGUGGGUUUGGAGGGUACCCCAGAGCUGCUACCUGCUACAAGUGCGGAGGUCCCAACCACUUCGCCCGUGAUUGCCAGGCUCAGGCUAUGAAGUGCUAUGCAUGCGGCAAGCUGGGUCACAUUUCUCGCGACUGCACUGCACCCAACGGUGGUCCCUUGAGCUCUGCUGGAAAGGUGUGCUACAAGUGUUCUCAGGCCGGCCAUAUCUCUCGUGAUUGCCCUACCAACGAGAACAAGCCCCAACAAUCUGCCGAUAAGACCGCAUCCGCCGCUGCCGCCACCACAACCGCCGCCGCAACAUCUACUGCUGCCGCCGCUGCUUCUCCGGCUGCACCCCCAGCUGCUCCCUCCACGGUUAUCGAAGGCUCCGCGGACGUUGUUGCAGCUGCUCCUGCAGCUACUCCCACAACUGCCGCUGCUGCCUAG